UCGCCUUUCAGAUCGAUUUUUGAGUUCGGGCAGAGGAGACAGCGCAGGCGGCUCGCAUCGCUCCGUUUUAUUAUUGUUUAUUUUCAUUUCGCUCUCUCGCGCGUCGACUUUAGUGUUUUAUUGCAUUUUAUAUACAUAUUUUUUUUGUCGCUGGAUAAAAUAUUUCUGUUUUUUUUUUGUUAUCGUGCAUAUAAAUAUUGCAUUUAUAUAGCUUGUUUAAAUAGUUCUAAAAGCGUGUGUUGGUUUUUGUUUAAGUGUUUUAUUCCCUUUUCCCAACAACAACAACAAGAAAACGCAUUCCUGCACACGAAGAGGAAAAAAGAUGCGUGUGCGUGUGUAUUAGUGCCGUCUCUCUCUGCGCCUUAAAUGUGUGCGUGUGUGUAUGCCUGCAAUUGAAAACCAAAAUUAAACAAACAACAAAAAAGUAAAAGAGUAGAAAAACUUAACCAAGCGACAAUGUGAUGCGAAAAGGCGAUAAACAAAAAAAAAGUAAAAAGGAAAAGAGAAAGAAAUAGCAAAGGCAAAAACAAAGCGGCGAAGAAAGAGAAAAAACGCGGAAAUGCAGUUGAGCGCAUAAUUUUUUGUAAGCCAAGCGACAAACGCAUACACUCGAAUGUAAAGAUAUAACAAAAUACAUAAAUAAAUUCGAGAAGUAAAAACAGAAGCAUCAGCGAAAAAGAGAAAGAAGUUCUAGCAGAACAAGCUGAAGAAGAAGAAGCAGAAGCAUCAGCGUCAACAAACACAAACACAAAAUAUACCUGCGUCUGUUUCUCUCUCUCUCUCCUCUCUGUUACUCCAACGAUUGUAAGCGUGUGUGUGUGUGUGUGUGUCAGUCUGUGUGCCAUGCUCUCUAAAAUACACUGAGCGAAACGACACGAAGCACAAAAUGUUGCAGGCAGCCAGCAGCACAACAACAACAUUAGUAAAUACACCAAAUACUGAGCACAGUGAAAUCCCGAUAAUAGCAACGCCCGAAGAGAAAUCCCAAAGACGCCGCUCCACAUUCUACGUUCCAUUGGUCAUCGAAGACGAGGAGGAGCCGAAAAAAGAUCAGGAUUUGGUCCAGAAAUCCUCAAGUAAUACCAGCCUGAGUAGCAAUAGCAAUUCAUUGACCAAUUCCGAAACGAAAUCAUCGAAAAGCUAUAGCCUUCGGAAAUCGAGUUCGGUGAAAAGCGGUGUGGCCAAGGUUAGUGCCCUCUUCGAGCGGAAAACUGCAGCGAAAAUGUCACCACCUUGCGGUUUCAAUUGGAGUAUCAGCGGUAGCGAGAAUACCGCUCAAUAUUCCGAUACCGAUGAGGAUGAGGAGAACUCGACGGAGGCUCGUCAUCGUGAACAGUUGCUGAAGUCCCUGCCCAUUGGUAACAAUAAUAUCACCACUAGCACCACCGCCACAACCACCACCACUGCAUCCCCAUCGAAACUGAAAAGAUAUGGUAUUGUACUGAACGUCAUCAGUUUAAAUGGCAGCGAUAACGAACAGUCGUUGGCCAGUCUUAACCAUAUACCAAAUACUAUGCCAACUGCACCCCGAACUCAUUUCAAUGAGGAGAACGAUAUAGUCUUGGCCACGCCUCCGCCGCCUAAGAAACAACAACAGCAGGCCUUAUCGAAUCAAGAAUCCAGCAAUGAUUACGAUGAUGAUUCAGAGAUCAGUCGAAUGCAAACGAACACCUCGACGCCCAUUAAGCUAAUGAAAUCGCGAUCGCGUACAAAUAUAUUAGCCGUACCGCUGCCAACGGUUGAGCGCGGUUUGGCCACAAAUACGAUAACUAAUAACAAUAAUAUAAAUACUAAUAAUACCUCAUCUAUGGGAACCAGCACUACUACUACUACGACGACACUGAUUACGCUCCGUGCAAAAUCGAAGACCCUGCCGCAGAACUUAUCGCCCUCAGUUGUUUUACGCGAGGCAGCCGCUUUGGAUGAGUUGGAAAAGAAGCGGGAAAAGUAUCAGGAGAAGCAGGACAAGCUGCAGGAUAAACAGCGUCAGCUGUUUGGCGGCAGUACCGUCAGUCAAAUAGCUGGAUCGGUAUCGGGCUCAGGAUCUUCGCCAUAUAAACUGCAAAACAGCUGUUCGGCCACAUCCAUAUUGACGCAUAGCUUUCCACCGAAAAACCUCUUUCUACUCAAGUCAACGCCCAAAUUGUCAACGGAUAUUGGCACGGUUACGCCCCCAAAUACCUCGGUGAUCUGUUCACCGCCCAAGAAAUCCCUCAGUUUCAUCCGCCGUGCACAUUCCACUAAAGUGGCGCGUAGUAAUUCAUUACUAAAACCGAAUCAAGCUGGCGUCAUCGGAACGGGAAGUGGUACGAACGGAUUAUCUGUUAAUCAGGGAGCCAUGCAUGGAUCAUUAUCCACCAGCUGUGCUGGGGAUAGUUCCAGUAACAAUGGCAGUUGGGGCAAACAUUUCUAUCAGCCCUACGAUGUUUGCCCAUUGAGUUUGGAUGAGCUCAACUGUUAUUUCCAGGCGGAUCAUUGUGAGGAAUUGAUAUGUGAAAGGUUUAAGAUCAGGGAUCUGACCAUACAUAUGGCAUCGGCAUCGGCAACUGGAGCGGAUCUCUCGGUGGCCACAGAGAAUGAGACAACGGUAACGGCGGAGGACGAUGCGGGACAUCAUUCCGAUACUUCCUAUGAGAAGGCGUGCCGCCGUGGAUCAGCCCCUACCACGCCCAUCUUGGGCAGCAAAAACCAGACGGAGCACAAUGCCACCUCGCGAUUCACCAAUUUCUUUUCCAAAAAAUCUAAUCCCCUUAAGCGGACCAAGUCGGUGACCAAACUGGAGCGGACCAAGCGCGGAUCCGGCGGACUGAGGGGCUCCCGCUCGCACGAGAGUCUGCUUUCCAGUCACGCCGUCAUGUCCACCAUAGAUCUCUCCUGCACUGGGGCCGUGGGCGUGGCUCCUGUGCACCAGUCAGUCCUGGGACGACGCCACUGUUUCCAGGUACGGGGCGGGCCUCGUGGCGAGCGUUACUAUUCGUGCGGAUCGCGCCAGGAGCGUGAUCUUUGGAUCUACUCGCUGCGCAAGUCGAUAGCACCGAAUGCGGAGCACACUCGUCGCACGGACAACUCCCUGAAGAUGUGGGUAUACGAGGCGAAGAAUCUGCCUCCCAAGAAGCGUUACUUCUGUGAACUGCAACUGGACAAGACCCUGUAUGGCAGGACAUCGGUGAAGCUCCAGACGGAUCUGUUGUUUUGGGGAGAGCACUUUGACUUCCCCGAUAUACCCGAGAUUAAUGUGAUCACUGUGAAUGUGUUCCGUGAGGUGGACAAGAAGAAGAAGCGGGACAAGUACCAGUUUGUGGGAUCCGUGAAGAUACCCGUGCACGAGGUUACCUCCAGAUUGCCCUGCGAGCAAUGGUAUCCCAUACUGAGCGACAAGGCGGGCGAUAGUCUGGGCAGAACAUCGGGCGGCGGAGGCAGUGGAUCGAAGGAUAAGGAGCAGCUGCCUACGCUGAGGAUCAAGUGCCGAUUCCAGAGCACCGAUAUCCUGCCCAUCAAUGUGUAUGCCAACUUCUUGGCCUACCUCAAGGAGAACUACAAGCGAGUGUGCGAGACCUUGGAGCCGGUGAUUGGGGUCAAGGCCAAGGAGGAUAUUGGACAGGCCCUGGUUCUGCUGAUGCAUGCCCAGGGAUUGGCCGGAGCCUUCCUAACCGAUGUGGUGGCCUUGGAUCUGCUGCGAGUGGGUGAUCAGAGGCUUACCUUCAGGGGUAACUCUUUGGCCACCAAGAGCAUGGAGGCAUUCCUCAAGCUGACGGGCGAACAGUAUCUGCAGGACACACUGUCCGCACCCAUAAACGAGCUGAUUCAGUCGGAGAGGGACUGCGAGGUGGAUCCAACCAAGGCGAGCGGUUCGUCGGCGGGCUCACUGCAGCGACAGCAGGCCGCCUUGCGCGGCGCAGUGCGUGGGGCGUGGCAAUGCAUCUUCGAGUCGCACAAGCACUUCCCUGCCCAGCUGCGAAAUUGUUUUGCCACGUUCCGGGAGCGCCUGCAACAGUUGGGUCGCCAAGAUAUGGCCGACAACCUGAUCUCGGCGAGCAUUUUCUUGCGCUUCCUAUGCCCAGCCAUCCUGUCACCGUCGCUCUUCAACAUCACCACCGAACUGCCGUCGGCGAGGGCCACCCGCAAUCUCACACUGGUGGCUAAGACCCUGCAAACGUUGGCCAACUUCACCCGCUUCCAGGGCAAGGAGAACUUCAUGGAGUUCCUCAACGAUUUCCUCGAACUGGAGGCAUCGCGCAUGCAGCAGUUCUUGGAGAUCAUAUCGACACGGCCGGAGCAUCCUGCCCCUGAUUCGAUACUCGAUUGGGCUGGUUACAUUGACCAGGGUAAACAGCUGUCCAUCUUGCACAGCCUGCUCAGCGAAAGUCUGGCCAAGCUGCCGGAGGCCAGGCAGCAUGAACUAGAUCCGCUGCAGCACAUCCUGGACGAGAUCAGUCGGGCCAAAGAGCAUGGCUUGGGUACAGCACUGCCCGGUGGUUAUUUGCCGGCCACCUCAUCCACGCACUCGAUAGCCAGCGAGAAUCAGGAGAAUCGCAAUCCAGGCUCAUCGGCCUCGCAUGUGGGCUCCAAUCCCGAGGAGUUGCUGCCACAGCAAAGCCAGUUGGCUCAGCCGCAACAUGCGAUUGUUAGCAAGCCUCUGUCCGCGGAGCGUGGCAUCAUGAGGGGUGUACUUACGCCGAAUUCCCUGGAGAAGAAUAUCUUUAGAUACAAUGAUCCCACGGUUAAUGGCUUACUGCAGCAGCAGCAGCAGCAGCAGCAACAGCAGCAGCAGCAACAGCAACAGCAGCAGCAACAACAACAGCAGCAUCAGCUGCAACAGCAUCCACACCACCAACAUCCUCUCCAGCUGCUCUCCAAUUCACAAACCUCCAUUGCUGGCAAUCAGUAUAUGAGCUCGCCAGGUGGCCUGCAGCAUGCCCAGUCCCAGACCUCGAUGGCAUCUUCGUCGCUCAAUGGCAGCAGCAGCAAUCUGUUGCAUGGCCAUCAGCAGCAUGUCCACCACCCGCAGCAAUUGCAUCCACAUCACUGCCCGCCGGCGCCACAGACGAGUGCCUCCAGCACCAUGGAGCGCAUGGAACGGAUGAACUAUCCGUAUAUGUCGCAUAAUGGCAAUGACUACGAGGCUAGCACGCCAUCGAGCACACGCUCCAGGACACUGCCACGCAACGGGAAUCCCAAUACCAAUGGCAAUAUGAGCAGCAAUAAUAACCAGAGCGGCAGCUACGACGACAUGCACGGGGAGUUCCAGAUACAGAUCUCCGGCCUGGAUACGAGCAGUGCCUUCGUCUGCAAGUCACCCACACCCAUGAUGAAGUCAAAUUUGGGUCCAGCUGGGGCGGGACGGAGCCACCACAAGUUGAAUCUGGGAAUACCCGAUCAUUCCAGUGGCUAUGGGCGUGGGAAUAGCAAUCUGAAUCCCAAUUCGAAUAUGCCCAAGAACCUGGAGGAUCUCGACGAUCUGUUCAAGUACGCCGAGGAGCAUGAUGUGGCGGAGCCAGGUAAUCAUCAUCAUCACAGCCAGAGCCAGCAGAACCCUCAGGGUCACCUUAAACCGGCAGCUGUGCCCGGCAAGGAGCAGCUGUCGGCGAAGAGCAGCCACUGCAGCUCGGGUUACCAGAGCAUCUCCACGAAUCCGUCGCCCUCGCAGUCCUCCAGUCCCGUGGAGAGCCAGCUGAAGGCCGCGAUGGGCAGUCACAAUGCACCGCUGGCCUUCAAGAAUCCCUCCUACCAGCUACAGCCCCAAACGGGUUCGUCCAGAUCUUCAGGCCCGAGUAAUCCUCAGCAACAGCAGCAGUUUGGUAGCCGCUUAAAACCGAUUGGUGGUGGACUAGUGGCCGCCAGGGCUGCCUUCCUCAACAGUGGUGGAGCCUUAGAGGCGGCCACUUUGACGCCCAGUUCCUCGGAUGAGCAACUCUCGGCGGAUAACUAUUUCAGUUAUGCAGCAGCUGCGGCAGCUGGAGCGGGAAUAACCACCAAAUUGGAGGCUCAACGUUCGCUCAGCGGCGGCAGUAGCUCCUCCAACUCGGCAUCCGCUUCCAACUCGAAUCUGGGCAAGAGCGGUGGCUCAUCAGCCUACGGGCGGCUGAAUGGACCGCUCAAACGGGAGGAUGUCUAUGGCAGUGGCUACGGCGGCAGCAGUGGUAAUGUGGGCUAUGGCAUGGCCACAUCCAGUGUCUCUGGACACCAUCAGCAUCCCCACCAACAGCAGCAGCAGCAGCAUCAGUUGCAACAGCAGCAGCAGCAUCAAAGGGAACGGGAUCAGGAGUUGAAGCAGUAUGCAGGCAGUGUGGCAGGAAGCGUAGGAUCUGCCACAUCGGCGGCACAGAGGCGUCUGAGUUUGGACUCGGCGCGCACGCUUUCCGACAGCAGCACGGACACGGAGGGACACUGCAACCAAGUGCAGGAGGGCAAGCGACGCAGACAGUUGCGCAGCAGUGGCGGCAGCGGCGGUGGCGGUGGCGGAGGAGCAGGUUCAGAACAGGGAUUGGGCAAGAGCUAUGACCAGAACGGGGAGAUCCAGCUGCUGCAGCAGACGCUGGACACCCUAUGUCAUACACUAGAUCGGGAUGAGGCGGAGCUGCGGGACUCUAGCGAUGAGCUCUUUGGUCUACAGCGGGCGGCGGGCAGUAAUGGAUCGAACAACCUGAGCCUGCAGUCGGAGUCCACCAUGCGGAGCAUCAUCGACAGUUUCUUUCAAUCCUCCUGCAGACUCAUCACCAUGGAGGAGGAGCUGCGUCGCGAGCAGCUGAAGAUGUCGCUGGCGCUGUCCCACAAGCAGCGCGUGAUCGAGGAGCAGGGCCAGCAGAUCGCAGCACUGGAUGCGGCCAAUAGUCGUCUCUUGAGUGCCCUGACCGCACUGCGCCAGCGGUACGAGACGCAGCAGCAACAGCAGCAGCAGCAACAGCAGCACCAAGCACCACCAAAGACCCAGAAGCCACAGUGAGCGGAUGGGGGAGAAGAAGGUUAGAGAGAUCGUAGGAGGAUCGGGAGGAGACCGCGACUACUAAAGGUAGGGCACCAAGGAGACACCGUCGCGGUUCCGUCUUAAGGAUACCUUUUUGUUUAUUUUUUUUUUAGCUAUUUUUUUGUAUGCUACAUAAAUUAUACUACAUGUUUAAUAUAAUAAUUACACAUAACAUACAUACAUUAUACAUAAUUUCUCAAUCUAUGUUUAAAAACAACAACAAAAUGUGAAAACGCUAAACGCAGCUGCAAAGGCAGUAAGAUAUAAACCCAGAAACCAGAAGAUCGGAGCAUGGAAGUGAAGAAGAACAAGAACAAGUUAAGAUAAUGAAUAAAAUUAUAACCAAAGUUAGACAAAA